UAAAUUGUUUUGCUUCGAUUGAGGUAUCAAGUUUCAAUUAGGAUUGUUCAUAUUUCUACCAUAUUGGUAACGUAUUGGAUUCUCAUGACAUGCGCAGCUACCCAUUCCCUGAAAUAUUUCUACACAGCGCUCCCACAAUCUACUGGCCUUCCAGAGUUCAGCGCUGUUGCGUAUUUGGAUGAGCAACCAAUUUAUUUCUAUGACAGCUCUACAAAGCAAGUGGUAGCUCGACAGGAGUGGGUAAAAGGAGCUGUGGAUGCAGACUUCUGGAGAAGAAAUAAACAACUUCUUAUGGACACUGAGAAGGUGUUCAAAACCAACAUGGACACUGCAAGAAAACGCUUCAACCAGACAAGUGCCCUUGCAUUGCAGAAAAUGUGUAGCUGUGAGUGGAAUGAGGAAACUGGUGCUACAGAUGGACAUGAACUGUAUGGAUAUGGAGGAGAGGACUUCCUGUCAUUUGAUCUGAAGCACGAAAGAUGGAUUGCACCUGUUCUGCAGGGAUUAUACACCAAAAUGAAGUGGGAUGCUGAUGUUCCUAAGCUUAAAGCCAAAACUCACUAUCUAACCCAUACCUGUAUUGAAUGGCUGAAGAAAUAUGUUUCUAAUCAAAGCAUGCUGGAUAGGAAAGUCCCACCGCAGGUAUCUUUGCUUCAGAAAGAACCCUCCGAUCGUGUGACCUGCCAUGCAACAGGCUUCUAUCCAGACGCUACCAUGAUAUUUUGGAGAAGAGAUGGAGUAGAGAUCCAUGAUGAUGUGGAGCAUGAAGAGACCCUGCCUAACGGGGAUGGGACGUAUCAGAAGAGAACCCAUCUCACUGUGUCCCCUGAAGACCUACAGAAGCACGACUACACAUGCACUGUCCAACACAUUAGCGGUGAUGUGGUUCUGUCUGCUAACAGGGACAGCAUUCGCAGCAACAGCAGGCAUACUCAAAGGCAGGACAUCUCCAUCAUUGCAGUGUUCUUGGCAUCGGUCACAUUGGUCAUCUUUGUUGUUGUGAUUUCCGUAAUGAUACAGAAGUUCAGCAAUGGAAAAGAACAAACGUCUGAAAAGGAAAAAUAAUGUGCAACAAGUCCCCUGGAGAAGGGUGUUCUUCUGCUCAACGAUGGUUCUGACAGAACGUCCAACAGAAACAGAACAGUUUCCUCUCAGUCUGGCGGC